AUGGAAGCACACAACAACGCAGUCAAUACUGUAGCAAGAAACAUACGGAUUUUCCAUUCUACCCAAAGGCCGUUCCGCGUAUAUCAUGGUUCGACGAACAGUACGCGGACCUCUCAGAGGCGCGCAGACAAUACCGUCGAUACCAGCCGGCUUAAUCACGUAAUUCAGAUUGAUCACGAAAACAAGACCGCUCUGGUAGAGCCCAACGUUCCCAUGGAUGCCCUCGUACAAGCUACUUUAGAACACUCGCUGGUGCCUCUGGUCGUGAUGGAAUUCCCAAAUAUCACAGUCGGCGGCGGCUUCUCCGGAUCUUCGGGCGAAAGUAGCUCAUUUCGUUACGGUCCUUUCGAUUCGAUCAUCAAUUCAAUCGAAAUCGUUGUUCCAAGUGGUGAAAUCGAGUGGGCUUCUAAAACGGCCAAGCCUGACUUAUUCUGGGGAGCUGCUUCAGGGUUCGGAACCUUAGGUAUUGUCACCCUGUUAGAGGUGCAGCUGAGAGAUGCUAAACCUUAUGUCGAAUUGACCUAUCACAUGUUCACGUCUGUACCGGAGGCUUCCCUAUCAAUGCAACACCAGGCGCAAGAUGCGUCAAUUGACUAUCUUGACGGCAUAGCCUACGCAUCCAACAGGGCUAUUGUCUGCUCGGGUCGCCUGGUCAACGAAGUCUCAGGAUCGACCUCGCUUUCGCAUUUCACAAAGCGCAAGGAUCCCUGGUUUUAUCAGCAUGUUGACCGACGGACUAAAGGUGCCUCUGGACCAGUCACAGAUUAUGUGCCUUUGGUUGAUUAUCUUUUCCGCUAUGAUCGUGGUGGAUUUUGGGUCGCCAAGUAUGCGUUCGCCUAUUUCUUCACACCUUUCAACCGCGCCACACGUUCACUAUUGGACCGUUUCCUAAGAGCAAAGGUGAUGUAUGCUGCAUUGCAUAAAAGCCAACUUUCAGACGACUAUAUCGUGCAGGACGUAGGUGUCCCAUAUGAGAAGGUCGAAGAAUUCCAGAGAUGGCUGGACGCAAAUCUCAGAACAUAUCCGCUCUGGCUAUGUCCACUAAGAGUACGACGCGACUUGCCAGAUUCGCGGCACGGCCUGCAUGCUAGAUUUUCAGACCUAGAUGCCCCAGAGUACCUAUUGAACUUCGGUAUCUGGCGGCCAGGGUCGCUCAAUAGGGAUAAAUUCGUGCGCCAAAACAGGAAUCUCGAGAAAAAGGUCCAGGAACUUGGCGGAAAGAAGUGGCUUUAUGCACACGCUUACUACACAGAAGAGGAGUUCUGGGCUUCAUACGACCGGGAAUCGUAUGACGAUCUGCGGAGACGCUACUCUGCAGCCUACCUACCUAGUGUAUAUGACAAGGUUAAGGUUGAUGUCGAGGCGGAAAGGCACAGGAAAAAGCCUUUCAAAGGAAUUCGGCCGCUGCAGGGCUUAUAUGGAGUAUAUAAAGCCUGGAAAGGCGGCGAUUAUCUGCUUGCGAAAUGA